AUGACACUCGCCACCCCACCACCGCCCAGCCUUGUCGUUCGAAUCGAGCAGACGGAGGAGACACACGUCGUUCGCCAAGCUGAGGCGCUCCAAGCCCUGUACCCAUCCUGCGAGGUCCUCAUUCAGCACCAGCGUGUAGCCGGAGGCGUCGCCAUCCGUACUCUCCCCCAAUUCGAAGGCAAGCUAAGCCGCAUCGUUGGGCUCGGGCUCCACGGCUCCUUCACAUCACAGGAUCUCUGCAAUCUCGAGUCAACCUACGCCGCAAUCGGUCUGCAUCCGGAAAUCCAUCUGUGCGAGUACGCAGACCCGUCCGCAGGGCAGGUUCUCACUCGUGCCGGGUAUUUCUCCAAGGGGAGGCUGAGCGUGUAUUGCAUGGACCUGGAGGACUCAGAUGGACCGGUCAUCACGCAGAAGGGCCACCAGGGGAAGGAUACCACGGUUAGAGAGGUGGCUUCGGAUGUCGAUCGCGAGCACUUCGUCGCCGCUUCCAUUGCGGGAUUCGCCGAUGGGGGACGCCCCGAGGAGCUGUUGGGCGCCUUGGCGAGGAUUGCGGCCCGGAGAGCCGAUACGAGACUCUACGUCGCGACGACAGACGCCGGGGAAGUGGUCGGCACCGCGGCAUUGGCGGUCCUGGGUACGCAUACUGUAGAGGAGAGCUUCGGGCAUUUGUACUUGGAUAGUACGGUGCCGAUGUCUCGCGGGAGGGGCGCACAUGUGGCGCUCAUCCAGGCGCGUUUGAGGGCUGCCAAAGGCAUGGGGUUGAAGCUGGUGACGCUGAGUACACGGGAAGGCAGUGGAAGUGCCAGAAAUGCAGAAAGGGCCGGGUUUACGGUGGCAUAUCGGAAGGAGGUAUAUGUCAAGGGUUGA